AUGACAUCAGUCCUAUUCAUUCUUCUACUUAGUGUUGGAGUUCAAGAUGUUCUUGGAAUUUAUGGCGGAUGUAUGAGUUAUUCAACUGCCAUAGACUCUUCUGGGCGUUUAAAGGUUAAGAUAUUCUUCCUGAAUGGUUGGCAGAUUGGGAAAGGUCCGUGUUAUAGGUGUAAAGCUUCCGAUAAAGGCAAGUUUGUGACGGAAAAGAGAAAGCAAUUUAUCAAGGACAGUAACGAUACCUACAUUUUUGGAAAGUGGCAAGUGGAAACUGGUAUUAAGAAGGAUUCAAUAGCAUUUACCGAUAUAACGAAUGAAGUGAACAAGAUUUCAAAAGAUAUUGCACUGAUGGUGAGUGAUAAGGAAAAAUGGGAAUUAGAAGGUUCGGAAAUUUUGCUGGACUUUCCUACAACAGAAGAAACAUUUGAUAUCACAUUUAAAAGUAGCAUAGACGACAAAAUGACGUUAAUACCAAACUUAACUAGCAUCAAUUUACAAGCAAAAAUUGAUCCAGGAAUCAGAAGUGACACAAAUAGAACGAAUAGAAGUCCGGUGGUUCUUGUCAAGCCUCUUUACAGUUUAGAGCUUGGAAAGCAAUAUAAAAUUCAUCUUACGUCUGUCGACAAUGAUGGUGAUGUAGUGCAUUGUGAUAAAGCGGAAUACAUCGAAGCAGGGGACAUAGGACCGUUUAUGAAAGACUUGAUAAAACGUGGUCUUUUGUCUUUGGAUCUGAUGAAUUGUUCAAUGGAAAUCGAUGUCAGUACAGGUUACUUUCAUAUUGGGGAUACAUUUGGUGCUGCAGUAACAGUUAAGGAUUAUAACACAAAUCCGAUUUGGAUUCAAACAGAUACAAGGAGAUCACAAUACCCAUACCAAAUUGUUAUUGGAAGAAUUGUGGUCAUGAUGUACUUUAGAAUUACCGGAAAAACUGACCCACCCGAAUUCAUACCACCCACACCAGCAAAUAACCAGGAAUAUAAUAUUUAUGUAGGAGGGGAUUUUCAUGUCAAGGUGUAUGCUAAAGCUACGCAUGGAAGGAAAAUAGUACGUUUUGAUUUUCUUCGACGAGAUGGGAAACCUGUCAAUCAUACAGGAAUUCAGGAUGCUUCUAACGUCAAUACUGAAGCAGUGCUGAUAUCAACGAGUUGGUCGCCGACGGUAGAAGACAUAGGAUAUCAUAUACUGUGUGCAAAUGCUGAGGAUGAUCAAGGGAUAAUGACUGUAGACUUACAUUGUUUCCACAUCAUAGUCAAAGCAAAUAUAAUUCGACUACAACCAGAAAUCAUAGGAAAGCCUUACUUCGUUUCAUUCCCGGAACCUACCGAUCUGAAUUGCAAAACAAACACAUUCUGCAGAUUUCCAGUUUAUGCCAAAACAUCUGAUUCUAAAGGAAUAACGAGUAUUGUUAGCACACCAGAAAGUAAAGAAAAUGUUACCAUUCAGUAUAGCAGAGAAAUGAUCAACGGAACUAUAGACACCAAGGUUGCACAAGUAGAGUUCUUUGCUGGUCAAGCCGGUGUCAGACAAAUUUGUUUAAAAGCUUCAGACAGCACAGCUUCAACAGAGAGAUGUUUAUUUGUAACUGUCCAACUUCCAGAUCCAUGUGCCUUAAACCCCUGCAAGUAUUCGGGCCACUGUUUGCCUUUUGUAGAUAACUCCGGAUUUACUUGCUCCUGCCCACGUCCAUACACUGGGAAAUUAUGUGAAACCAUUUGGGGCAUGUUAACAAGAAGUACAUCUUGCAGCUUUUCGAAGGAGACGCUGGGAACGGAUUCUACCAUUGGGUGUAAGAAAGGCGUUCCUUGUCAUUUCUUUGUAUACACCAUUCCAUACCAGAAUGGUACAUGCGCUGAAAUAAACACUGACAACGAGCACAUAGCUGUGUUUAAGCCAGUACAAUUGGCCAAUCCUGGUUUAUGUUCAUAUGAUGUGGUUUAUACCAACACGACGGAAUUAGGGACGAACAAAAUUUGCUUAAUGCCAUGUGUACAGGGUCAGUCACGCUGCUUUAUGAUGAAUGUACAUCUCUUACGGGAUCAGUGUUCCUCCAGUCCGUGUCUGAAUGAUGGCGCCUGUCAAACAACACCUAGUGGAGAUCUGAAAUGCAUUUGCAAGGCAAACUUCUGGGGAAAAUAUUGUGAAAAAGGACUUUGCGACAGUCAUUCAUAUUGUCAGAAUGAAGCUGAAUGUUACAAAAUUCACAAUGAUGUUCAAUGUCUCUGCCAGUUGGGAUACAGCGGAUCAUCUUGCGCUUCUGGUAAAGAAAAAAAAUCCUAUAAUCUAUUUAGUUACCUUGGUCAUUUUACACAGAUGGCGCUAUUAGAGACGAUGACUUGUUUUGUUGAUACUUCUUGUAUCAUACCAUUCAGUGUAACAAAAAACGUCCAUCAAAUGCCUAGUAUGGUCAUUGGAUCAGUUGACAGAACAUUAAGCGUUGCAGAGAUAGCUGUCGACACGAUAUCCCUGCCAGGAGGAGUGGUUCGGGGAAAGAUAGUAGUCACUGGAUCAGAAUUGGGACUAAAAACAUUAUGCAUGGAUUCUGUAUCCACACCAAGGAAUGGCAAAAUUGAAGAUGAGAUAUGUUUCAGAAUAAAUGUGACAACAGGAAAUAAUAUGAGGCCUGACGAGUUAAAGCCUCAUUUUGUGUCACCAACUCUGCCAGAUCAAACUGUUUUGCAAUGUCAAGUACACGACCAAUGUCAUCUUAGUUUGUGGGCAAUGAAUGAACUUCUAGAAGAUAAUUGUCCAGUUCUGAAGAGUGACAAAACAAUAGAGAAUGGCGUAUAUGUAUUUCCCCAGGCUAGCGGUGCAUGGGUACCAUGUAUGUUUGAUGUCGUCAUCGCGGUCAGCAACAUCACAGACCUGAAUGUUUGUUUCUCAUUGGUCGAUAGUUUUUCAAAAAUUAUGGACGAACGUUGCUACACAAUCCGUAUCAAAUCGAGGAUAACAGUGAGGGGAGCCUGUGUGGGUGUGUCAUGUUUUCAUGAUGGAUUCUGUGAGGGUCAAAACAGUCCUGCAAAAUGUAAAUGUCGCUCAGGUUUCUCCGGCGAAAAUUGCUCAACAGAUGAAGGAAAUGUUCAUGGAAAACAUAGCUACUCCACCGGAUCUCCAUUAUUUGGAGAUGUUAUAUUGCCUAAAACAAUCAAGUGCCCUCUUUCAGAAGACUGUGUGAUACCAUUCACUGUAUCUAACUCCGACAAGUUUAAUAUAACUUCAAAUGGAACAAAUAUCGACACAAAAAGCUUGAUGUACUCCAAGAUAUCUGUGUCACGUGAUUUUUUGGGACAAGCUGUGAUCAAUCAUACCGCUCCAGAAACGGACACCUUUUGCCUAUUUUUGACAUCGAUAGAAGGCGAUCUGUAUGACAAUGUUUGCUGUCUCAUAUUAACAGCAUCAGCAUUUACGGCAGCUUCUGUUGAAACCUACCAGCCAAAUUUCAUCACCCCGUCACCCACCAAUGGAUCUGAGUUCACUUGCACUCCAGGGAAACCAUGCCAUGCGAUACUUUCCUUGAGAAAAGGACAUGAUCUAAAAUGUCCAGAAAUAAGGGACAGAUCAGAGAGUGAUACAUCAGUCCAUGUAUUUACUUCUACUUCCAAUACAGAAUGUCACAAAGAUGUAUGGAUUGGAUCAUCAAACAAAGAUACCGGGAAAACAAAAGAAUAUUGCUUCCAAGCCAUAGUUUCAGGCGUACCUGGCGAGAUACGAUGUUUUAAAGUACAUUUUCAACCACACGUUCUUCCACCACCCCCUUCUACUACCACCACCACAACAACCACAACAACAACAACCACAACAACAAGUCCGACGACAACAACACCUACAACAACAAUACAAACAGCAACUCAGACAACAACAAUGAAACAAGCUUCAACAACAGAAUCAACUACAACACCCACGAAAAUAACAAGAAACCCAACAAUUAAAUCAACAACAGCUACAAGUACUACAAUAAUAACUACUUCUACAACUGGUACAACUGCAUCAGCAUCUAGUACAAUUACCACAACUGCAAAGACUUCUGGAACAGGUGCAACAAUUUCCAAAUCAUUAAUUAAAGGUAAAAAUACUGUUAAACAAUCCAGUACAGGUUUAGUGACUGUAAAAGCAUACAGUACAAAUAUAACGAUUGUAGUACCAUUCAUUAUAGUUACAACGACUGUAGACCCAUUCAGUACAACUGCAACAACUGUAAAACCAUCUGGUACAGAUACAAGAACUGUAAGACUAUCCAGUACAGGUGCAACAGCAGCAAAACCAUCCAGAGUGGGUACAACAACAGCAAAACAAUCAAGUGCAGGUUCAACGACAGCAAAAUCAUCGGGAGCAGGUACAAUGACUGUAAAACCGUCCAGUACAGGUACAAUGACUGUAAAACCGUCCAGUACAGGUACAAUGAAUGUAAAGCCAUCCGAUGCAACAACAGCAAAACAAUCCGGUGCAGGUGCAACAACAGCAAAACCAUCCAGUACAGGUACAGUGACAGUAAAACCAUCCGGUACAGGUACAAUGACUGUAAAACCAUCUGGUACAGCCAAAGAAAGAGCGAAACAUGGGCGAGUUGAGUGUUUUUGUCCCCAUCCAUCGACUGGAAAAAUGACAAAGGUCAUAGCAUUAAACUCCCGGGCAUCAACAGAGAAGUUACUACUGGCAGCAGGGCUUGGAACCGGGGCAAUGAUAUCGACCCUGGGAUUAGUCGCUUUACUGUACGUCGUCACAAAGAAAUGUUCCAGCUCUCAUGAGACAAGGCCAAAUGAACGAAGGGUGAGCCGAGCAAAAAGAAAAAUCAGUGCUACCAGCGUGUCAAACAAAAAGGAAUGA